AUGAAAACCAACCUGGUAAAAGGAUCUCCUAUUUUUAAUGAAAUUGAUUCAACACCGAUUGAAAAUUCAUCAGAAUAUAAACUUAAACUAUGUUUUUGUCCAUUGUGUUCAUCAGGUAUAACGGCAUUAGGAAAUACUGAUAGUAGAGGAAUAGUUUCAUGGCAACACAUUUGUAGAGUAAUUCUUUUUUCUUUAACUGUAAAAGAAAGUCCUAAAAAAUUCUUUUCUUUAAAAGGUGAUAUGCUUUGGUUCGUAGUUGAUCAUUGGUUCUUAUUUGGAAAACUUUAUCAAUUUAGAACAAAUCCUAAUAAAUGGAAAAAAGCUUUUCUUGAUGCUUUAAGUCAUUCUACUUAUUUUGAAAGUGGAACUGGUUUUUUAAAAAAACCUGGUUAUUGGAAAUUAACAAAUACAGCCACUCCUUGGGAUGAUAAAGUUGAUUAUUUUUCUGAGUCAAUAAAAACAAAAUUACAGUUACCUAUUAUACCUGAUCAUUCCUUGACUCAAUCAACAUUAUCUUCUUCUUCAAAAUCUAAAAUAGAAAAAUGUUGUAUUGAUGCUCGUCAUUCUUUUUCUUGUGCGUUAUCUUCUUUACAAAAUCAACUGAAAUUUUCUAACACUACUGAAAAUUUUACACUUAUGAAUCAAUUAAAAGAAAUUCAAUCUAUUAUGUUUAAAACUGAUCAUAUCAUUUCUUCUAUUAAACAAUUAAAUGUUACUUCUCAAAUUGUUUCUUCUUCUUCAAAAGACGCUUCUUCUACUUCUUUCUUUAAUUCUUCUGAUCAAGACGAAGAAGUAAAUCCUUUUAAUAGUUUUAAUCCUCAAUGGUGUUAA